AUGACGUAUCGAUCAGAGCUAUCCUCUUGCGAGAUUCCUCUUGAGGCUGCGGUAGUGGCAGCGGGAGGCUCUGCUGGACACUACGAGCCUAUACCCGAGUAUGAAGGCCGGCAUCGAUACGACCCUACGGCGUCGUGGGAUCCAAAAGAGGAGCAGCGGCUAGUGCGAAAGUUAGACUACCGCAUCUGCUCCUGGGUAUGCCUGAUGUUCUUUGCCCUCCAAUUGGACCGUGGCAACAUUAUUCAGGCCCUUUCGGACAACAUGCUUACUGAUCUUGGCCUCACCACCAAUGACUACAACACUGGCAUGACCAUCUUCUACGUGUGUUUCCUCACCGCUGAACUCCCAUCCCAAAUGGUGUCGAAGAAGCUCGGUCCGGAUGUAUGGAUUCCUAUUCAGAUGGUAUCAUGGAGCGCCGUGACGUGCUGUCAAGCCGCCAUGCGCGGACGCUCUGGUUUCUUCGCCACGAGAGGGUUUCUCGGGGUGCUCGAGGGCGGCUUCGUCCCGGACGCAAUAUUAUACCUGUCUUACUUUUACAAGAGCGACGAGCUUCCCGCAAGGGUCAGCUACUUUUACACCUCCUCCUACCUCACUCGAAUUGUCGCUGCCCUCCUAGCGUACGGAGUUCUGCAUAUGAGGGGGCUAGGGGACUGGGCAGGAUGGCGGUGGCUCUUCAUCAUUGAAGGAGCCCUGACCACCGUGGUGGGGGUUAUAUCGUGGUUCUACUUACCGCCUAGCCCGACGCAAACAGCGAGCUGGUUCCGCGGCAAAGACGGCUGGUUCUCAGAGCGUGAAGAGGUCAUCAUGGUGAAUCGCAUUCUCCGCGACGAUCCAGCAAAGGGCGGCAUGCAUAAUCGCCAGGGUCUCACCCUUCCCCUUCUCUGGCAGGCGUUACUCGACUGGGACCUCUGGCCAAUAUACCUGCUGGGCUUUACUCUGCUACAGCCCGUGCAGCCGGUAGAGACUUACAUGACUCUUAAUCUGCGCAACUUGGGCUUUGAUACAUUCCUGACUAACCUGCUUACCAUCCCCGCCUACGUGCUCUUUUGCAUACAGCUCAUCUUCUGGACCUGGGUGUCGGAGCGCAUCAACAAUCGGUUCCUUGUUACCUUCUUUUUUUCGGUGUGGAUGUUUCCUUUGAUCCUUGCCCUCAGGCUCCUGCCCGAUGAUGCGAGCAACUGGGUGAGAUAUGCCCUCACAACUCUCAUCGUUGGCUACCCUUUCGUACACUCUAUUCUCGUCAGUUUGACUUCGAGAAACGCAGGAACGGUGAGGACAAGAACAGUGGGGAGCGCUAUUAUCAAUAUGACGGGGCAGGCCGGCAGCAUCAUCUCCUCCAACAUAUAUCGUAAGGAUGAUGCACCGUAUUACCGAAGAGGCAACGCGGUUAUUCUGGGCAUCAUUGCUUGGAACGCUGUUGCCACCUUGCUUAUCAAGUUCUACUACGUGUGGAGGAAUAAGACACGCGACAAGAUAUGGAACGCCAUGUCGCCUCAGGAAAAGGACGACUAUUUGACCACAACAACCGACGAAGGAAGCAAGCGCCUCGAUUUUCGGUUUGCGCAUUAA